AUGCUACUUGGUUCGGGCGGAGGAUGGCUGGCUUGCUUAAAUGCUUGGAUCCUCCAGAACCAGAACCACCUGAGCCAGAGCCAGAGCGGUCUUUCUCCUUCUCUCGACAAUGAUCUUGAUCUUUACAAUCCUCAAGCCUUCAAUCCAGUUACUUCUCUGAUUCUGUCACUCAUUAUUUGUGGUUCUGAUUGCCUACUCAUAACACCACUGGCUGAGUCUACACAGGGGUUCUAA